GCCCUGCCUAGGGAGGGAGCUAGCAGGGCCAUGGAGCGAUUUGUUUGUUUCCCCUAUAGCGUGUAUCAGGGGUAUGGAAACCCACUGGCUUUGAACAGGCCCGGCCACCCCAAGCAGAAGCAGCCCGGCCCCCCGGCUUUCCUGGUGGGCCCCGGGCAGGUGCCCGCCAACCCGGCCGACUACCUAGACAAUUACAAGAGGGCGCAACUCAAGGCCAUCUUGUCCCAGGUGAACCCCAACAUGAGUCUACGGCUGUGCAAAGCGAAUACCAAAGACAUAGGGGUGCAGGUGAGUCCGCGGACCGAUAAGUUCAUCCAGUGCUCGCUUGGGCCGCGGACCCUGCGUAGCAGCUACGCCAGCGAAGGCAGCAGCAACGCUGGCCCCCCCACGAGGGGCUUCUAUUCCCCGGUGCUUGGUCGAGGGCUCCUAAUCCGCCUGGGCAAGCAAGAAGGCCAGGGCAAAGAGAAGGUGUCCUUCGGGGGGUUUGAGUCCAGCCCUCAGCCGCCCUCUUCACCUGAGUCAGAAGGGAACAGGGAGGCGGAGGAACAGCCACAGCUGUUGGCAGAGAAGUCCCUGGAGGAGGGGGCUGGAUUGGCUGCUUCCCCGGAGCAAGAGACCCAGGAUGGGGAGGUAGAGCAUCAGGAGGGAACCACUCUCCUCAAGAAGCCCACUUUCCAGUUUUUGGAACAGAAAUACGGCUACUUUCACUGUAAAGACUGCAAGACCAGGUGGGAGAGUGCUUAUGUCUGGUGUAUUUCUGGGAGUAAUAAGGUUUAUUUUAAACAACUCUGUCGCAAGUGCCAAAAGAGCUUUAACCCUUACCGAGUGGAAGGGAUCCAGUGCCAGACUUGUUCAAAGUCUCGAUGCUCCUGUCCUCAGAAGAAAAGACACAUUGACUUAAAGAGGCCUCACCGACAGGAACUUUGUGGCCGAUGCAAAGACAAGAGACUCUCCUGUGAUAAUAUUUACAGCUUUAAGUACAUUGUCUGAAGAGCAGUAGGACUGCCGGCAGGGUCCUGCAGUUCCUUUGGUUGUAUUUUUGUCUCUUCUUUUGUAACUUGGCUUUGACCUGGCAUUGGAAAAUGGAUUAGGCUUUUGUACUUUUUGUAAAAAUUGUAACAUGAUGAUUGAAUAGUAUAAAUAGAAUAAAACUGACUCAUAUAAAAUUCAUGGCAAAGGCAUGUUCAGUGUGGUGAUCAUGGGGCACAAUCAGUGAAGUACAAGAUUAUGGGGAAUGUUAUAUCCAUGAUAGUGUUGAAAGCUACUGUUGAUUGAGUUUAUAGUCUUUGUACCCCAGUAAGGCAAGAAACAAAUUUCCUUGCAAUCUGGUAUACUCUGGGUAUGUACUAUGGCAUAUAUCUGCUUUUUUGGGCUGUUAGUAGAAGGUUGCCACAUGGAAGGCAGGUUUUAAGACUUAAUUGUGACAAGAGCAGCUACAGAAAUAUCUAUUAGAAAAAUGGAUAAUGGAUCUCUGGAUGAAGCUGAGAAGACUACGGUAAAGUUUAGCCACUCACCUUCUUAUGGUCAGUCAAAAUAGAUUUAGCAUAAAAGUGCCUCUAUACUACAUAAUGAGGCUGGAGUAGAAAAAUGAGCAUGGAGGCUGCCCUUUCAUUUGAUGCACGUGCUCCAUUCUAGUUUCUGCAAGUGGGACAAUGUACUUAACCCUUUCAAAGGAUGGAGCUUGGCUCAUCUGAUUAGCUAAAAAUGUAGAUCAACUUGCU